CAAACCCACCUGACUUAAUCUAAUGACUGGGUUUACCUGCGCAUAAUAGACAUGAUCAACAUAACAUGUGCGAAUACUACCAGGAUACACGCCGAUGGAAACCCAGUAGUUAGCACGCUGAUGUUCACUGCCGGCGUGUUGGGAAACUUAGUGGCGCUGGGGAUCCUUGGCGUCCACAUACGAGAGUAUCGCACCAAGUCUUCAGUAUUUUGCAUUUUAGUAACUGGACUGGCCAUCACCGACCUGUUGGGAACGUGUUUCCUGAGCCCAGUGGUUUUCGUCUCCUAUGCCCGCAAUGCCUCCCUCCUGGGUCUGGCGGGCAGUCACAGGCUGUGUGACUUCUUCGCGUUUGCAAUGACAUUUUUCGGAUUGGCUUCCAUGCUCAUUCUCUUUACCAUGGCCGUCGAAAGGUGCAUGGCCAUCAGCCACCCUUAUUUUUACUCGAAACACAUCGGGAGAAGCUUCGCUAAAGUGCUUUUGCCCGUUAUUUAUAUUUUUUGCAGCAUAUUUUGUUCCAUGCCCUUUUACGCGUUCGGGGAGCACAAACAGUACUGUCCGGGGACCUGGUGCUUUAUCGAGAUGGAAUCAGACAGGCCUGCGGUUGUGGCUUUCUCUUUGUCCUAUGCGACCCUCAUGGCGGUUCUGAUUCUGGUCAUAAUCAUCUGCAACGGCUCGGUUAUCGUGAGUCUCUGCAAGAUGUACAUGAACCAGAAGACUAGAAGAGGAUCGGUGGCUUCAUCCCAGCGCAGAAGAAAAACUUUCUUUGGUCAGAGAGAGGAAGAAAUUGACCACCUCAUCCUGCUGGCUUUAAUGACUACGAUAUUUGUCAUCUGCUCCCUGCCACUCACGAUCCGUGGGUUUAUCAGCGCCAUUUCACCUGACGGCAGCGAUCAUGAGGACCUGCUGGCAUUCCGCUUCUCAGCCAUGAACCCCAUCGUGGACCCCUGGAUCUUCAUCAUUUUCCGAAAAUCUGUGUUCCGCAACGUCGGCUCCCUGCUGUGCUGCCGUUUCUCGACAACGCCGCUGAAAAACAACACAUGCCAGGAUCCUAGCAAGCUGCAGUCCAUCCCCUGCAAUGAGCAGAACUACAGCAGCCUGCAAGUAGCCCUGCACUGAGUGAGGCUGCUGCCAGGCAAAAAAAGACUGAAGAAACUCCUGCAUAAAACUUGAACACCGCUGGCUGAAAUCACGCCCCUUAUUUUUGCAAGGUCAAGCCUUGCUGCAGAAAACGUCCCGCUAGUUCAACGGAGCUCUGAAGCUUUUGAGCAGCCUGUAAGCAAGGCUAGAUGCCAAGUGAUGUUGUAUUAAGCAUAUCCAUGUUGGUGGGUAGGUUGUAUUAGAGUGCUUUUUGUUUUUCAUCCUUGCUUCAAAUAGGACGCACACAGUGUCACCCAGAAAUCACUACAGCAAGUAUAUUUCUGCAGUCUGGUUCUGGUUCUGGUUUUGUGCUCAGGACAACAGAAAUAACAAAACAAAUACAUGUUCAGUGUCAUAGGGACACAUGUCAUGGGAACAACUUGCUGGACAACUUGCAGUAUAUGGAAAACAAGGUAUCGAUUCAGCCACCAUGGUAUUGGUCACUUACCAAACCUGACAUAACUCAAUGUUUGGUAUGAAUUUCCAUCACUAAAUAUCACAUGCAACUGUCUAUUCUCACAAUCUACCCUGAUGUGUGAGGGAUACUUAUGGUCUCACAUGGUUUCAAGGAAGUAAAAUGAUACGAAGUUAAGAAGACCAACAUUUCAGCUAACUUUUUCAAUGCCAUGGUUUCACAACAAGGCUGUUAUAGGUAUUGGUUUAUAUUGUUUAUAUACGACAAGUUGGCUGGUUUGCG